AUGGCGCUGGAUCUUGACGAAGGAUAUGUGGCUCAAGGCCUAGCCCAGGGAGGUGUCGACACGAGCCUACCCAUUUUCAAUGUCGAACGAGUACAAUUGCAGUUCAACAUCGCCUCGGACUUUGUCGCGGGUCAAGUUGCAAAUAAUGUUUUGAUUCUUGCUCUUGCGACGGGACGUAUCCUGCGGAUAGACCUGGAGAGUCCUUCAGAUAUUGAUGAUGUUGACCUACCAAAGAAGACCAGCGAGGUUGGCCUCAUUCGACGCAUGUUCCUAGACCCUUCUGCUUCCCACCUCAUUAUUAGUACGACCCUCGGCGAGAACUUUUAUCUUCAUAGCCAGUCUAAACAACCCAAGUCCCUCUCCAGGUUGAAAGGAGUCUCCAUCGAAUCUAUUGCAUGGAAUUCAUCCCAGCCAACAGCGUCCACACGUGAGAUCUUGGUCGGAGCAACAGAUGGCAACAUAUACGAAAUCUACAUCGAGCCCGCCUCCGAGUUCUACCGCCGUGAAGAGCGAUACGCGGCCAAUGUGUGGAAGAUCCCGGAAGGCGCUGUGACGGGACUAUGGGCGGAAACUAUCCAGGGGAAGUCAGAUACACGAAGAGUGGUUGUCGCGUCACAUUCGAAGCUGUACCAUUGGAUAGGUAAGACUGCAGGACGGGGUAAAGAAGGUUCAGCUUCGAUAUACGCAGAAUUGUUGUCCAAAGAAGAACCGAUCAUUCAUGCGACGACUGGCGCUUCCUCAACAGCUCCAGCGUCCUUAUCGGUCUCCCCAGAGUCGUCAGAAGCUGGUUUAGACGAACCAAGGAGUUUCGCAUGGCUAUAUUCCCAGGGCGUCCUGACCGGCGAACUCCUCAGUACCCCGGCCACGGCUGAGCUAGGCAGCCGAAUUUUCAAGGAAUCCAAGUUGCAUCCUCGCUCCGUCUUCCCCGAAACGGUAUCUGCGCGUGGCGGGAGGAAACUCAUACAAGACCCGAUAGUAUCAGCUAUCCUGUCGCAAUGGCAUGUGUUGGCACUUGUGGAGGGUCGUAUUGUUGCUGUCAACCGCCUCGAUGGCAGUGUUGUCUAUGACCAAGCCGUACUAGAGCCGGGCCAGAGUGCGCUCGGGCUCGUAUCAGAUCAAAAGAAGAACACCUUCUGGCUCUUCACAAACCAAGAAAUCUUUGAAAUCGUGGCGAAUGACGAAGAACGAGAUAUCUGGAAGAUUAUGUUACAGAACCAGGACUACGAUGCUGCGUUGCGAUAUGCCAGAGGGGCUGCACAAAAAGACUCUGUUGCCACGGCAUCUGGAGACUACCUCUCAAGCAAAGGACAAUAUAUGGACGCGGCGAGCGUUUGGGGGAGAAGCAGCAAAGCAUUUGAAGAGGUCUGCCUGUCACUCAUCGACAACGGACAAGAUGAUGCCCUCAGAAAAUAUUUGAUGGCCAAGCUCGGUGCUUACAAGAAGUCAUCGGUCAUGCAGAGAGUGAUGAUUGCGACGUGGCUCAUACAGAUUUUCAUGGCCAAGCUGAAUUCUCUCGAUGACAUGGUAGCCACCAAAGCAGAGUUGCUCGAGAACACCGAUGCGGGUGGUGCCAAACGCGACUUGGAACAAACCCGAAGUGAGUUCCAAGAGUUCGUCACCAAACAUAAAACAGACCUCGACGCCAAAACGGUGUACGAAGUGAUAUCCAGCCAUGACAGAGAAGACGAAUUACUCUUUUUCGCCAACACCAUUACAGACUAUGACUAUGUCCUCUCAUAUUGGGUACAACGAGAGAAAUGGACAGAAGCACUGUCAGUGCUAAACAAGCAAAGCAACCCGGAGACGUUCUAUCGAUAUAGCAAUGUACUCAUGAUCCACGUCCCCACCGGAUUGGUCGAGAUCCUGGUACGACGAAGUAACCUUGAUGCUCAAAAGAUGGUUCCAGCACUGUUGGCGUACAACGAAACUGCCAAUGUACCGCUGGCACAAAACCAAGCUGUUCGAUAUCUGAAUUUCGUGGUUAGCAACAAUUUCGAGGUCCCAGCUUCGGUACACAAUGCUCUCAUCUCGAUUAUGGCUUCGCACCCUUCGCCAUCAGAGAGUGCGUUGUUGGGUUACCUCGAAAGUCAACCCUCGCCUCCAUUGUAUGAUGCCGAUUUUGCAUUACGUCUUUGCAUUCAGCAUGACCGUGUGCAGUCCUGUGUGCAUAUCUACAGCACCAUGGGACAGUAUCAGCAGGCUGUGCAACUUGCGUUACAGCACGACGACAUCGACCUGGCCGCCAUCGUCGCCGAUCGACUCGAGGGAAAUGAUAAGAUGAGGAAGAAGCUCUGGCUCUUGAUUGCAGAGAAGAAGAUCAGAGAGGCGGAAUCCAUCAAAGAAGCCAUCAACUUCUUGAAACGUUGCGAACUCCUCCGAAUCGAAGAUCUUAUUCCAUUAUUUCCAGAUUUUGUGGUCAUCGACGAUUUCAAAGAGGAGAUAUGUGAGGCGCUGGAAGAAUACUCACGGCAUAUUGACAGUCUGAAACAGGAGAUGGAUAUCUCGCAGCAUACGGCCGAACAAAUCAAGGCAGAAAUUGCCGCCCUAGACCACCGAUAUGCCAUUGUCGAAUCGGGUGAGCGGUGUUGGAUCUGCACGCUGCCAGUAUUGAGUCGACAGUUUUUUGUGUUCCCUUGUCAGCACGCCUUCCACAGCGACUGUCUCGGAAAGCGAGUACUCGAAAGUUCGGGAAGCAGCAAGCGGAAACGAAUCAAAGAUCUCCAGACAGAAGUCAACCAGGGGUUGAGUGUCGGGGUGCAGAGGCAGAAACUAGUACAGGAACUAGACGGGCUAGUUGCUGAACAAUGUGUUCUUUGUGGAGAUCUGGGUAUCAAGCAGAUCGAUGAGCCAUUCAUACACAAGGGCGACGAUGUAGAGGCUUGGGCCAUUUGA